GGGCACAUGGCAACAUGAAUAGCAUACAAUUACAGUUUUUAUAACACAAGAAAACCAUCAACAUGAAUGAAUAAACUUAGAAUGAAGUAGAAUAUACCUAAGGUGAGAGUUUCACAUGUGCACCGGUAAUGAAUUAGUGUGAAUUUCAUCUAGCUGUACAGCAAACAAUGCAAUCAUUUUCAUGCUUUGAAGGCUCCUGUGUUAACUCUGAUAGCAUGAGAGAGUAGUAUGGGUCUUAUCUUCAGUAGACUGAGUGCCUGUAUGGCAGGGUUGGGUGCAGCUACAUGAUACAGCAAAGCUGGCACCGACUUAGCAAAUAAAAGCGGCCAGUUUAGGACCUGUGCCUUGCUCAUCUUAAAAUCCAUGUAGAAAUUCAUUACAAGCAGUGCUGUGUACAACUUAUGACUUCUUCAAAACGUUCAGCUUGCAGUAUAUAAAAUAUGCACAGAAUGCUUGGCACUGCUUAAAAAAUAACAACAAAGAACCUAAACGGAUAUGAGGAUGGCAGUGAAGUGAGAUGUGGACAUUGUGAAACUGUCUGAAACAGCACUCAAAUCUAAUCAGACCAGUUUGCCCAGAACAGUGAGUCAGGUGCUGUGUGUGUGUGUGUGUGUGUGUGGAGAGAGAGGAGAGAGAGGAGAGAGAGAGAGACGGUGAAGGAGAAGGAGAGAGAGUAUGACUGAGUGUGUGAAAGGACUGAGAGAGUGGUGAUAUAGCUAAGAGAAACUAUCCCCCCCAUUUUAUUUUAGUGAAAUAUGAACAAAAGAGAUUUGAUGUUUGCAGUCCUGUUGGUGAAGACGGAUAGAGUUUUCAUUACUUGCUAAAGGGGGAUGCUGGACACAUGGAGGUAGAGAGUCAUGGUAAUGCCCAUAGACUACCAGGCCUUUUGGGGGCAGCUGCAUGCUGCUGGAGAGCUGAGGAUACCCCUCUCAGAGCCAGUCAAAUACUGCAUCCUGGGCAUCUCUGUAACGCUGCUUCUGCUGGCCCUGGGCAUCCUGCUGUGGCAGGCCAUCAGAUGCUGCACACAGACACACACCCUGCAACAUACCAUGAACAGUGGCCUGCUUCACUUUGAUGAUAAGCCCUCAAUAUCAGGAAACUAUUCAGGAGCUCCAAGUACCAAGGUGGAGGAUGUGGGCAUUGAGGCCCGCAGGCUGAGUCGCUGUCUGUCUCUAGGCUCGUUUCCCUCCUCAGGUUCCAGCCAGACAGAGGGGGGUGUGGGAGAGCAGGCCAACCUCGAGAAGGCCCAUGGAUCGUUACAUUUCUCCCUCUACUAUGACCGGCUGCAGUCCCGUCUGGUGGUCACCGUGCUGCAAGCAGAGGGCCUGCAAGGGAGGAGCCAGACCCAGAGCUUGCACCCCUUCGUCAGGCUCAGUCUGAUGUCGACUGGAUCUGAGGGAGUGGACCUGGAGGAGUUUGUGGAAAAAGAGGAUGAAGAGACGGCUUCAUCCCAUGUCGUCUGGACAGUGCUCCAGGAGUGGCGUACGCGCAUUGUGAGAGACAGCUGUAACCCUUUGUUUGGAGACCAGUUCAGCUGCAGUCUGCAGGAAGAGGAGGAGCUGCAUCGCAUCACCCUCAGGAUGGAGGUGAGGGACUUUGACAAGUUCUCCAGACACGUGGUGCUAGGACAGGUGAGGGUUCCUCUAGGACAGCACAAGAUCACCUACCCUCUGGAACUACAAGAGGAUCUGCAGACACCUCAGAAGGAUCUUGUGGGACACGUACUUCUUUCUUUGAAAUUUCUCCCCACUGCUCAGAGGUUGGAGGUCGGUCUGCUAAAAAUCGUAAUGCUGCCUACUGAAACGCACUCAGACACAGCCCUGUAUGCCAGGAUCAGUGUGCAGUUCAACCAGCGUAAGCUACGGCACCAGAAAACCGCCGCAGCGCUCCGAGGCCAGGUGACCGUCUUCAACCAGAUCCUCAUGUUCCCCCUGCCAGACUUUCCAACUGAGGAAUUUGAGAGCAAAAUCUUGGUCUCUGUGUAUGAGACCCACACAAAUAGGAAGUCAUCUAAGCAUCUGAUUGGCCAGUUAACUGUGGAGAAGGGGAAGAGUUCUGAGGACCAGCACUGGAGCCUGAUGAUGCGCUCGGUUCGGCAGCCAAUAGCAAAGUGGCAUAACCUGUUCAUCUGAUGUGCAGCUCAGACUGUUCCACCAGACUAUUCCCUCUGUACUUCCCUGGAUGCCAGAGUCUUCUAAUAAAGCCGAAUCCCUUUAAAGCCCUUUGCUUGUGUUCAAGGUUACAAGGGAAACUGUGCCAUCAUACCUGCAGCCCAUGUGUUCUGGCAUUGUCAAUGUCUUGGCUCUCCCUUCCUGGUCCAACAUGAUCAUCGCUCCAGCCAGUACUCAGUGGCUUCAUAAUAAGUAAAAUAUAUAAGUAAGUUACUUAUUUAUAUAUUUUACUUAUAUACUUACUGUAAGUAUAUAAGUAAAAUAUUCAUUCCAUCUCCUGGAGUUUGAUUAUCCAUUUCAAGGCUCUGGAGAACUUUUAUUUUAGCAGCCGAUGCUGUGUCCAGCUGACACUGAUACACUGUCUUACUGCGUCCAGCCUCAGCAGCAAUGGCAGGCUGUGAGGGCCUUGUUGUUGGGCCUUGCUUAUGAGGCUCAACAAUCUGACCGCGUUCAAAGAGAGAAAGCUUUUUUGCCUUUGCCAUCAGGAGAUCAUGACAGUGUGG